CUUGAGUUUCUAGUAAUAUGUGAAAGGAAGAAAGGAAGCACAGCAGUGAAAUUUUCAGUCUUUCAAAGUUGAACAAAGAGUACAAACUAUAUCAGCAUGAUCAUGGGGAACAUAACUACAGUAACACACUUCAUCAUCUUGGGUUUCCCAACUCUGAAGAAACUUCAACUUCUCCUCUUUGUUGUGGGGUUGACUGUCUAUAUCUUGACCUUGUGUGGACAUCUCAUCAUCAUCACCAUCGUACGCACUGACCAACGUCUCCACACUCCCAUGUAUUUUUUCCUUAGCAACUUCUCCUUCCUAGAGAUAUGGUAUACCUCAAACAUUGUUCCCAAGAUGUUAGAAGUCUUCCUAGAUAAAGACAAAACUAUCACAUACACUGGAUGCAUUACACAACUCUAUUUUCUUAUCACAUUUGGCACAGCAGAAUGUUUCAUUCUUGCAAUCAUGGCAUAUGAUCGCUACUUAGCCAUAUGCAACCCCCUGCGCUAUCCAACUCUCAUGAAUAACAAGGUUUGCCUCCAGUUGGCUGUGUGCGCUUGGGUUGGUGCUUUUAUUAUCAAUAUUCCACCACUGGUCUCACUCUGCCAGCUACCAUUUUGUGGACCAAAUGAAAUUAACCAUUUUUUUUGUGAUGCACCCCCUUUACUGAAACUUUCUUGUAUUAAACCCCAUGCAGCCGAACUGUCUAAUUUCAUUGUGGCUACCAGCGUCAUUGUCAGCUCCUUCCUCCUCAUACUGGUAUCUUACAUCUUCAUCAUCAUCACAGUUUUGAAAAUCCCCUCUUCUUCUGGGCGACAGAAAGCCUUCUCAACCUGUGGGUCUCAUCUGGCUGUCGUGAUGAUUUUCUAUGGCACCCUGAUGUUCAUGUAUGUGCGUCCAACAUCCAACUUUUCCGUGGAUUCUGUGAACUUCAACAAAGUCGUAUCCAUGUUCUACACUGUGAUCACCCCCUUGCUAAACCCAAUCAUUUACUGCUUGAGGAACAAGGAGGUCAAAGAAGCCCUGCAGAAAGCACUCAGGGGGAACUGUCAGCUGCCAUCAAAGUCAAGCAGCAUUUCAGGUGGGAUAAUGAAAUAG